UGGGUUAUCUGUAUUGAACGCGCCACGACUGUGUUUAUUAUUGGUUGACGUGCGUUCAACAUUCAACUUCAGAUUAAAGAAAGCUGAAAGUGUGUAUCAUUAUCUCGAAUCGCAAAUAAACGGUUUAUUUAUAGUUUCACCACCUUUCUCUACGGCCACAUAUUAAGAGGAAAUACGCGGUAAUAUCAGUAAUUUUUGGACGAACAGUUAAAUACUAAAAGCCGCCAUGUCUGGAUACCCGUAUGGAAACCCUCAAUACCCGCAACAGCCGAAUCAGAUCUAUCCACCAAUUGACCCCAUGCAACAGCAAUAUGCCCCACAUCCGGGCCAGCCGAUGCCUGGUUAUCCAGGACAGAAUAUGCAGUAUCCAUACCAGCCAGGAUUUGCUAUGUACCCUGGGCAACAAGCUGGAAUGCCUCCAACAGCGAUGUCUUAUCCAAACAUAACGCCCACACCCACAGCUCCUUUGUACGGCUUUCCAAAUAAUACACCUCAACAACCUAUGCAGUUUGUUCAAUGGAUUCCGGCUACCACAUCAAGUGCUCACAGCUUCAGUGACAGAGCCGUGGUUGCAGGGUACGAGGGUUAUGACCAGAGUCCCCUCUGGGUUAUCCGAGCAAAACUUGAAGGAGACCUUAUUCCUGGCAAACUUGCAAUCAAACAUAAUGCAGCUUAUGUACCAUGGGACGGUAGAGAGAAUGCUGUGCCGAAUUUCGAAAUAUUGUGUGCGCCAGCAGAGAGACUGCGUUGGAUAGAGAACAGGGACGGUGUGAUUCCACCAAAUGCUAUUCCCGGUGGUCAUACUGCAUCUGGCGAGCCAUUGUACAUUGGCAGAGCUAGGGAGCAAGGCUCACUUACCCCAGGAAAGGUACAUCCGAGCCACAAGACGAUGUAUUUAUCGUUUGGAGGCAAGGAAAUAGGACACAAGGUGUAUGAAAUAUUGUGUUCAGCCUGAACAAAACAUGAAUUACUUUUUUUUAUAGAAUUUUUAUUGUAAUCUCUUAGUGCUAAAGUUAUUGUUAACUGCGCCAAAGGCGAGUUCUUAUGAUGCUAUGUAAUUCUUAUGAAAUUAAGAAAAUUUUCAUUUGGAAUCUUAUUAAGGGAAUGGUGAAAUGAGACUGUUUUUCUAUUAAAGUAUUGAACAGUACUGUUGUUUAAAAGAAUAAUAAAUAUAAUUAUAAGAAAA